AUGUCUGUGAGCAUGGUCUUGGGCGAAAUUUGUUCGUAUGAAGGGGUGAAGCGGAUCGGAGCCGCAAUGCGAGAAGCUCUGCGUGAUGCAGGUGUGGGAGAUUCCGGCACAUCGGCGGACGAGGAUGAAGAUGAGGAGGACGUGCUCGACGACCGUGGUUUACGUCGUCCAAUUCGUUGUGGAGAGCUCGAGGAUGGUUCGCCGUUGCGAGAUUUCGACGCCAGACGUGGUAUACGAGACGGCGAAGCUUUUGCACGACCUUGA